UCCGAAAGCGCAUAUUUUCGUCGUAGUUUGAUGACCAAACGAUUCAGUUGUAAACAUGGAAGAGAGAGAAGCACUGAAGAGGCAAAUUGAACUUCUGCAAAAUCUCAUCAAUGAACAUAAGAGUGUCCAUGGCGACACCCCGUUUGCAGGAGAUGAGCAGAGGCAUCCAGAAGCUCCAACGUCAGCCAGAGGCAGAGCUCACGGCACAUCUGUCGCCCAUCCUCGCAGCUCCAGAGGGGGACUGUAUGCUCCUCCGAGCCAUGGAAGCUGGAGGAAAACGUACUCGCUGAGCAACAAGAAUUCCCAGUCCCACGGUGUAUCUUACAGCACCUCACUGCCCAGCAACAGCAGAGGAGAAGACAGUGCUAGAAUCACAACAUCAUCAGGGAUCCCUCAGCAGAAGAGAGAGGGACAUACAAACAGUAUCGCAGGGAGAGUUGCGGCAAAGAAAGAAAACGCAGAUACUGUUAGAAAGACCGGAGCGGCUGUAUCUCAGUAUGAAGGUGGAACAGGAGAUUCAAGCUCAACAGGCACUACUACUGCCCAAUGUGAACCGCUUCAUGGACGGACUCAAGAUCUUCAGGGGAGGACUGAAAGCAGCCAUGACGUCUUGCCAGAAAACCGAGUCAGUGGUUAUUCAGUAGCGCUGUCUUCACUUCGGGCCGACGCCUCGACCAGUUUGCAGAGCAGCCCUCCAGCACUGAUCAAACCUUCCCUGUCAAGCAAAACCGGCACUGAGAGUAAACCAACUAUUACUACUCCGGCAGUUUUCAUGGCUGGUAAUACCGCACCACCUCUUUCUGUGUCUAAAGUACCAAAACAACCCUCCAUCAAACCCACGUCUCACACCAGCCGGGGCCAAGUCAGCGUGUCUGUUUUGAAAAAAUCCAAGUUCACUUGGGUAAAGAGCCGCAACGUGGGAGGGGUGGACCCUCCACAAGCUAGCCCUGUUUCCUCACCCAAAGGCAAAGCCGUGGCUGUUGUCCCGGCGUCAGUCUCAAAAGCUGGAGUUGCCAGUGGAAGCUCGCCGUUAUGCACAAACAAGAGAACGCCUGGCAAGAAGCUACCCCGAAAGCUAAGCUCGAUCAGUGUGGCCCCCAAGACCUCCAAGUACAGAUGGGUCUCCUCCUCCGCUGGAGCCCAAGCUAAAGUCCCUCGAAAGUCUCCAUCGCCCAAAGCCCUGGCUCCUUCGCAGAGAGCUCUGGAGAAGGGCGAGGUUACCAAGAAACUCAGAGCAGCCUCCACUCCCUCUGCUAAGAUGAGAAAGGGAAUUGCGGGUUCCUCUACCAACUCCUCAACCAGUAGCUGCUACCGCUGGAAGGCUGGGGGCCCGAGUACCUCCGCGGCAGCGGCGGGAGGGACAACGGUGGCCCGUCGUAGAUCUGCCUUCCACUGGACGUCAGAAAAAAGCAACAAAGGAGUGAAAGGAGUUGCUUCGCCAACUGUGAGCCAACGUAGCUCCUUCAUGCCCUCCUCCUCCCCUUCUGGGUUCAAGCUCCGCAGCAGGAUGAAAAUCAUUAGGAGGUCUGCUAGUGGUGGAGGCGGUUCAGAGAAGGGGACCAGCCCGUCAGCAGUGAGGUACUCCCCGCGGGGUCGGAUGCACAGCUCCACCAGGAGUCCCAUAGGAGUCCGAAGGACCCCCUCCAGGGAGCUGGUGUCUUUUGGUAGACACAAGCUGAGGCGGCUCUCCCCCACCUCAUCAAGGACAAGUCCCGCCGCCUCCCCCCAGCGGGUGUUCAGGACCCGCUACAAGAUGGUGACCCGCCCGAGCUCCAGCACCGCACACACCCUCCACUACAACCCCGCCCUCUCCUGGAGAGCCAAGAGGAUCCAGUCUGCCAGGAGUUUCCUUCAGAGCCGUCUGCGAGCUCCCCACGACCGACACCCGUCAGCCAAUCAGCACUGGAGAGGAAGCAGCAUGUGCUGGAUUCGUGGGUCCCUGUUCCGGGUGUCAGCCAAUAAGCUGUCCCGCACCGUGGCGUCCAACAUGUCCAUCAACCGAACAGGAAGGUCUUUCAGCAGCGCACAGGUCUCAUCCACGAGUCCUGCUUCCACCCGACCCUUCAGCCCUCGUCAUUUAGCCAGCCGCGCAGUCCAGCGGAGCCUAGCCAUAAUCAGACAUGCUCAUCAGAAGAAGCAGCAGAAGCAGUACUGCAUGUACUACAACCGCUUCGGCAAGUGUAACCGUGGCAACAGCUGUCCCUACAUCCACGACCCAGACAAGGUUGCCGUCUGCACCAGGUUUCUGCGAGGAACGUGCAAGCAGGCAGACGGGACCUGCCCAUUCUCCCAUAAGUUGGCUAAGGAGAAGAUGCCGGUAUGUUCCUACUUCCUGAAGGGAAUCUGUAACAACAGCGACUGUCCCUACAGUCACGUCUACGUGUCCCGCAAAGCUGAAGUGUGUGAGGACUUUGUCAAAGGCUACUGUCCUGAGGGAGAGAAGUGUAAGAAGAAACACACUCUGGUGUGUCCAGACUUCUCUAAGACGGCGUCCUGCCCUCGAGGAGCCCGCUGCAAGCUGCAGCACCGCCAACGAGCCAAACGGAGCGCCAGCAACACCGCCACGGCCACCCCCUCAGCCAAGAGAGCCCGAACCAAGGAGCCCUCUAAGAGGCCCCGCCUGUCUGUCGUCAUGCCGCAGGGCUCUCAGGCAGCUCCAGUGACGCCCACCCGAGGUCCUCUGGCUCUGCCGUCCUUCAUCUCCCUCUCCAGCUCCCCAGAGGAGGCCGACGCACCGGACACGCUGCCGGCUGAGACCUGGCAGGUUAAAGAGAAAAAGCUGCAGAUCAAGCCUCGGCUGUGAGACUACAGAGAGCCGCAGCACUGGACGUGGAAAACGCUCGAUGGUCGAUGAUUUCAGUGCUCCAGGUUUGUCCUGACAGGUGUAUCUGUGUCUGAAUUUCUUCACUCAGGGCUUUGAAAGUUUUAUUUUUCUAUACCUAUACUAUAUACAUCUGUUUUACAUUAUCAAUCCGGGUGUUUACAGUACAGAUUUGUUUUUCCUCAUCAGGUUUUGUACAUUUUUAAAAAGACAAAUAAAAUAUCUUAACUCUUA